UCGGUAGAGAAAGGGAACUCGAAGGGGGUGCAGGAGCUUGAGGGGGAAUUUUCGGUUGUCCGCCUCCGAAUAAUUCUAUAGGCUACAUGCAUCACCUACUGCAAACCCAAAAUCUUACACCCUCCACAACCUCUCUGAGCCUCAAUUGACCCGAUUAUCACAAUCAUUUGACAUUUCAUUUUGUUUUUGUUUUUUCAAAAUAUUUAUUUAGCUUUUUCCGCUAGCGAGAUUGUCGAUUUUUUAUUUUGGGGAAUCAGAAUUAUAUUUAGAUGACAAUAUGAGUGGCGGGGUUUAUGGCGGAGAUGAAGUAGGAGCCCUUGUGUUUGACAUUGGCUCUUUCUCCACUAGAGCAGGAUAUGCUGGUGAGGACUGUCCCAAGGCCGAUUUCCCAACCUCCCUGGGGGUGCUGGUGGAGGAAGAGGGUGGAGGCGAGCUGGGGGCAGAGCAGGAGAAGGCAGCAGGGAGAACCUUUUACCUGGACACCAAUGCGCUGCACGUGGCCCGGGCUGGGGUGGAGCUCUUCUCUCCCCUGAAGAAUGGCAUGAUUGAGGACUGGGAAGCCUUCCAGGCCAUACUGGACCACACCUACUGCAAGCACAUCAAGUCAGAACCCAGCCUGCAUCCAGUGCUGAUGUCUGAAGCUCCAUGGAACACGCGGGCAAAGAGGGAGAAGCUCACAGAGCUGAUGUUUGAACACUACAAUAUCCCAGCGUUCUUCCUCUGCAAGACAGCAGUGUUAACAGCAUUUGCUAAUGGGAGGGCGACUGGUCUUGUGCUUGAUAGUGGAGCCACACACACAACUGCCAUCCCAGUGCAUGAUGGGUAUGUCCUUCAGCAAGGCAUUGUCAAAUCUCCUCUGGCUGGGGACUUCAUCACCAUGCAGUGCAGGGAGCUGUUCCAGGAGAUGAACAUUGACAUAACCCCUCCAUACAUGAUCGCUGCCAAGGAGCCAGUGAGAGAGGGAGCACCCCCAAACUGGACAAAGAAAGACAAACUUCCACCUGUCACCAAGUCCUGGCACACUUACAUGUGCAAUGAGGUGAUUCAGGAUUUCCAAGCGUCUGUACUGCAGGUAUCCGACUCCCCCUACGAUGAACAAGUGGCUGCCCAGAUGCCCACCGUGCACUAUGAGAUGCCUAGCGGCUACGCCACUGACUAUGGCGCUGAGAGACUGCGUAUCCCAGAGGGCCUCUUUGACCCCUCCAAUGUCAAGGGUCUUUCUGGGAACACUAUGUUGGGAGUAGGACAUGUGGUCACAACCAGCAUUGGCAUGUGUGACAUUGACAUCCGGCCUGGUCUGUACGGGAGUGUCAUCGUCACUGGAGGGAACACCUUGCUCCAGGGUUUCACAGAGAGGCUUAAUAGGGAAUUGUCCCAGAAGGCACCUCCGAGUAUGAGGCUGAAGCUCAUAGCGAGCAAUAGCUCUAUGGAGCGUCGGUUUAGCCCGUGGAUUGGAGGUUCUAUACUGGCCUCGCUGGGUACCUUUCAGCAGAUGUGGAUCUCUAAGCAAGAGUAUGAGGAAGGGGGCAAACAGAGCGUGGAGAGAAAAUGCCCCUGAAAGACACCUCUUUAUCUACAUGCACAAACGAUAGGGGCAAACGAAAGGCAAAAACUGACUGCCAGCUAACGAAGAACAAAUGCCAUCAUCCAAGCCCAUACUCUCUCCUGUUCUAAAUACACGUCUGUUUUCUCUCAGUCUUUCCUUCCGUAAACUGCUCCUCUGGCUUUUCUGUCUGGCCGUUUCCUCUUCAUCACUUUCUCCCUUGUUCUGCCCCUGGCCCUCUCUCUAUCUGCAGCUGCGUCUAUCACCAGCAUUCUUGCAUGUUUCCCUGUCGGUCUGUCUUUGCUCCACCCAUAUACCCCAUUUUGCACCCAUGAAACCCAAGGUGGUGGGACUGUUUAACCCAAUGGCGGAUUAGGCUGGGGCAGAUCUCAUUCAUUGUGAGCCGGUGUGACUCGCGUAAGCUCAAGUCCAUUCAGUCUGACCUUUGAAAUUACAUUCAGGCAAAUAAACAUGAACAAACAGAACCCA